UUAUUGUUGUUGAUUAUACAGGACUUCUAUUCACAUCCUUUGCUAGUCAGUUUCAUCAAAUAGUCAUCAGUUACGGUUUUAUAGUAGGUCUAGGAGUUAGUUUUGUUCGUGAUGCAUCAACCCUAAUGGUGGCGCAGUAUUUUAAACGUAAAAGAGAACUUGUAGAGGUUGUUGUUGUAGCUGGGAGUGGGUUGGGUAUUAUUAUUAUCAGUGUAUUCAUGAGAUCAACACUAAAGGAGGUCGGAUGGAGAUUAGGCCUUCAAGCUAUUACAGGUGUAUGUACAAGUUGUUCUAUUCUGGGGAUCUUCUAUAGAUCAGCCACCCUCUAUCAUCCACAGAGAAGAGCAAUUCUUCAUCUUAAAUCUCAAAAACGAAAAAUAAAGGAUAAAAACAAAGCUCUGGAGGAAAAGUUGCCAUUUUUUGAUUUUUCUUCACUUCGUUCCAGAACCUUCCAGAUUAUUCUACUUUCUACAUCCAUAUCUUCAUUUGGAAUAUUUACUCCAUUCAUUCUAUUGGUUUACCACGUGGAAGACAAGAGAUUAGAGAUUGCGGCAUUCUCUGCAGUACAAACUCAUCUCGGCUCCUCCUGGAUUCUAGGAGUCCUUAUUUUUGGUUUUAUUAUGCUUUGCUCUUCCAGGGAGUGUCACAUUGGAAGACAGUAUUUGUGCCAGCUGGGUAUGUUGGUGUCUGGAAUCUCAAUACUAGUGUUCGCCUCCUUGAAGGGGGAGCAGGGGUUCCUCCCUUGUAUCUGGGUCUUUGGAGUAUUCUCCGGAGGUUACCAUUACUCCCUCAAGAUGUAUGUUUUCGAGAAGGUUCGAGCAAGGAACUUUGCUCGGGCCUGGGGAUUUCUGCAAGCCUCACAGUCAGUCCCUGUUCUUUUUGGAGUACCUUUAACCCAGUAUUUAAACAACGGCUGUGAAUCAAGAGCUGGGUUCUACUUCAGCGGUGUCUGUAUCUUAACUGGUUUUCUCACCAUGUUUCUAAUUAACGUUCACAAGAAUCAGCUGCGCCGACUUAGGCACAGCAGGCACGUGCAGCGGCAUGGUACUUCUGUUAAAUCCACGAGUACAAAGGCGAGUGAUGACUCAUUCCUGACCCCAGGUCCGGAUCCGUUGAUACGGCGGCUUUCAUUUGAGGGGGAUGAGGAUGAUCUUGAUAUUCUGCCAGCUAUGGCGCUACUUCACAACCAGCAGUUUCUACAGGACAUCAUGGGAUCGUGUAUUGCUAGACAAUAUUACUAGCUGUGCAGCAGUUGACAACUAUCUAAUGCUGGAUGAAUACGAACAAAAUCUUAUAAAGGAGCAUGAGGGUCCUGUUAGUAAACGAAUAAGGAAAUGGAGUCUUGCCAAGCAACAAUCUCAGGGACAGUGGGCUGAUGGAGGUCAGAGGUUGUCUGGAGGCCGUCUUGGAGUAGAUAGGGGACGUUUAGACGAAGAACAGGAGACCGAAGCAGGACAAGUUGCUGAAAAAAGAGACAAAGUUUUAAAAAUAAAACCUGGUCAAAUAUUUACAACUAGAGCUAUCACCACCAUUAUUGAGGAUGAGGGUUAAGAAAUAGUCUAGUUUUUUUAUUAAUAGAUUAUUUAUUUUAUUUUGUAUGUUCUCUUCAAAAAACAACUUGCUGCUGCCAUCCCUUUUUUGUCAUUCAUGUAAAAAGAACAAAUAAUUACAAUUUUUAGAAAAAGUUUUAUGUUUUCUCAAAAUAUUUUCAAUAAUUAAAAUGAUGCUUUAAAUCUCUCAUGUUUUUGAAGUUUUUUGAUCAGAACUCCAAUGCAUUUUUUUCAAUGUUAAAAGUAUGUAUUGUUCAUUUUGCCAAAAUGUAAUUCCACAAUUUUGCAGAAAACUAUGGAUACUUGCCAAUUUUAAUAAUUUGCAAACUAUAUAAAGAUUAAUGUUACAUUUGUCAGAUCUAUAUACAGGGGGUUUCUUAGAAACUAAGUAGAUAAAAUAUUCCUAAAAAAAGGCUUUAUAACGACCCUGAUCUUUAUUGUUAAACGAACCCUAAACA